GCGACAGCCAUCAAAAUGCGUCGACCAUCGAGGAAAUAUGUGAAUGCAAUGUAAUUAAAAUACCUUCUGAAGGCCACCAUGGCUGGGGGGUCCGUGGAGCCGUGCUCGGCACGCCUGGUUAUUUAUAUAAAUGUUCGCAAAUUUGUGUCAAUUUUUAUGAAAUUUGCAGCUAUUUUAGCUGCAUUAAAAUAACCCAUGAAAAAAAAAAAAAACAAGAGGAAGAAAUUAUUAAAAAAAUUUCGAAAUCGAUUUGUCAAUAAAAUUGCUCAGCACCGGCGCCACAAAUUUCAGUGGAGCUUGGGCAGAGCGUUGGACACAACGUUGGCCGCUGUCGUAGCGACCAGAUUUAUUGGUGUAAAAGUGCAAAAUCGCUGGCAAAACGCUCGCAAAUCGCGUGUAAAUCGCUUGUGAAACGUUUGUGAAUCGCUUGUGAAUAGUUUGUGAAUCGCGCAGCUCAAAAUGUCUAUGGAUCCGGCUGUUUCACUGGAGGAUCUGGAACGCCGACGUCGCCGGGCCAGCUCAGCGCGCAAAGCUUCGCAGACGCCACAACCACCGCCUCAGCUGGCAACUGACUCGGAGGCAAUGGCCGUCAUCAACGAGAUAUUCAAUCCCAGGCUCAAGCUGCCAGAGAGCACUGGCCAUUACACACUGCCCGAGGAGCUAACAGCCGAUGAUCAUGUGUCGCCGCAGGAUUUGGACAUUGCCAAGCUGGCGGAAUUGAAGGAAGUGUUCACGCUCUUCGACACGGACUGUGACGGGCUGAUAUCGAAAGAUGAUCUGCGAUUCACCUACACGGCCCUCGGCAAUGAACCCAACGAACAGCUGCUGGAGCAAAUGAUGUCGGAGGCACAGGAACCCUUGGACUAUGAGGCCUUUGUCCAGCUGAUGUGCCGUCGCACCAUAGAGCUGGAUCCGGAGGAGGUUCUGCUGGAGGCCUGGAGCAAAUGGGACGAUCACGGCACGGGCAUGAUCGAUGAGAGAAAAAUCUACGAGGAGCUUACCAACUACGGCGAUAAAAUGACCAUCAGCGAGGCAAAGGAGGCGCUCAGCCAUGCGCCUAUGGCCAAGCCCAAAACCCUCGAGGAACCGCCCAUGAUUGAUUAUCCCGCAUUCUGUCGUAUGCUUGGGGGAAUGCGUAAACGCAAAAAUAAGUAAAGCGAAGAUAAAGUGAAAAUGCUGGAGCUGGCAACAGUCGGAUAAAAUAAAUAAACUCAAGAAUUUUCCUA